GAGUGGAAGUGUACGGGGGAAGAACAUUUCACGGGUUGGACCGCAGCUAUGGUUACUGAGAAGUAAAGCUAGCAAUAAACAUGGUGUUCGAGUCUCUGGUGGUGGACGUCCUGAACAGGUUCUUGGGGGACUAUGUUGUGAACCUGGACAGCUCACAGCUAAAGCUUGGAAUUUGGGGAGGGGAUGCCGUAUUAAAAAACCUUACAAUAAAGGAAAAUGCGCUGAGUCAGUUGGAUAUUCCUUUUAAGGUCCGAGCCGGGCACAUAGGACGGCUGGAGCUGAAGAUCCCAUGGAAGAACCUGUACACUCAGUCUGUGGAAGCUACACUGGAUGGAGUUUUCCUUCUCAUAGUCCCCGCGGCCAGUAUAAAAUACGAUGCAGAGAAAGAGGAGAAGCAGCUGCAGGAGGCGAGGCAGAGAGAGCUGCAGCGGAUCGAGGAGACCAAACAGAAAGCAGCAGAGAAAGAAGAUCCAAAUGUGGAGAAGCAGGAUACCUUUAUGGAGAAACUGGUCACUCAGGUGAUCAAGAACCUGCAGGUGAAGAUCUCCAACAUACACAUCCGAUACGAGGACCAGGUAACCAACCCAAACUGCCCUUUGUCCUUUGGAGUGUCACUACAAAACCUCAGUCUCCAGACCGCAGAUGAGAACUGGACUCCCUGUCUGUUGGAUGAGAAAUCCAAGCUCUUCUACAAGAUCGUGCGUCUGGACAGCCUCUUCGCCUACUGGAAUGUGGACUCCGAGCUCUACUCCAAUCACAGCUCGGACGAGGCUCUGAGGUGCCUGCAGGACAACAUAGCCAUGCAGAACCUCAUUCCACAGGAUUACGACUUCAUUUUCCGGCCGAUCUCUGCGCGGGCGAAGCUGAGGAUGAACCCGCGUUCGGACUUGGACUUCUCGGCACCAAAAGUGGACCUGAUGCUCAAUCUGCCCGAGGUGGCCAUGGAGCUGAACCGGCUGCAGUACGUGAGCAUCCUGGAGCUUCUGGGGUCUGUGGACAUGAUGUCCCGCAACCUGCCCUACCGGAAGUACCGCCCUGACAUCCCCGUGCACACCAACGCCUACCAAUGGUGGCAGUAUGUGAUAACGGGGAUCCUAGAGGUGAACGUCAAGCCCGCGUUGCACAUGUGGUCCUGGAAACAUAUCAGAGCUCACCGGAAGAAAGUCAAGAGCUAUAGAGAGCUCUACAAGAAAAAGAUCACCAGCAAGAAGCCUGCCGAGGACAUCCUGCGUGAACUGGAGGAGCUCGAGAAAACACUGGACAUUUUUAACAUCACGUUGGCACGCCAGCAAGCGGAGAUGGAGGCGAUGAAGUUGGGGCUGACGAUCUACAGGCCGGGGAUGAAGGUGGAGGAGGAGGAGUCCCAGGGCUGGUUCGGCUGGAUGUGGGGCUGGUCCAGUGACACCCCGGCCCCGAAGGAGGUCAAAUCUGGAGGGUUUGAUGAGUUCAUGACCCCUGCAGAGAAGGCCCGGCUCUACACUGCCAUUGGCUACAGCGAGGCAGCUGUCAAUCACAACCUGCCCAAGGACUUUGAGGAUUUGAAGAUAAAUUUCCAGUUGACAAGCAUGUCGAUUUCCAUCAAAGAGAGCAAAAGCAAACCAGAGAUAAUCAGACUGGCUGUGAUGGAUCUGAGGGCCUUGCUGACGCAGAGACCUGGAGCACAAGCCGUUAAGUUGUCGGCGCAGCUGAACUCGUUCGAUGUGACGGGUCUCCCUCGGAGCCAGAAGGCCCCGGUCCUGCUGUCCUCGCGCACCGUGGAGAGGGAGAGCCAGGAGCCCCUGCUCAGCGUGAUGUUCGAGACCAACCCCCUGGACAGCGAGUGCACAGACCAGCGCUUGCACGUGCAGUCCCAGCCGCUCGAGAUCGUCUACGAUGCGGUGACGGUAAACCGCAUGUCUGCAUUCUUCAUGCCACCGCAAGAACUGCAGCUGGACGAGCUCACAUCUGCCACCCUCAUGAAGCUGGAGCAGUUCAGAGACCGAACGUCUACAGGCCUGAUGUAUGUCAUUGAGACCCAGAAGGUUCUGGAUCUGAAGGUGAACCUCAUGGCUUCCUAUGUCAUCGUUCCCGAAACGGGCUUUUAUGACACCGCCCAGAACCUGGUGCUACUGGACAUGGGGCAUCUGAAGGUGAGCAGUAAGAGCAGGCAGGAGCUGCCCCAGCUGUGCGCCGGGCGGGACAAACUGGUGGACAUCAUGUCGCAAGCGUACGACCGCUUCGACGUGCAGCUCAGCAACCUGCAGCUGCUCUACAGCAGUACCGACGGAGACUGGAAGAGCGCUCGGCACCAGAAGCAGUCGGACCUGCACAUCCUGGAGCCGGUGGAUCUGAAGGUGGUGUUCAGCCGGGCCAUGGUGGUGACGGACUCCAGGAUGCCCAAGUUUGAGGUUUCGGGGGAGCUGCCCCUGCUCUCUGUGCGCAUCUCAGACAGCAAACUGGGGGGCGUCCUGCGACUGAUCGACAGCAUCCCCCUCCCAGAGAGCCACCCCACCCCCCGAACCUCGCCGCCCAUCCCACCUCUGCCCAAGCCCCCCAGGCAGUCGUACACCCCUCAGAUGACCCCCAGGAAACCACCUGUGGCAGACCUGCGUAGCUCUCUUAUCUACGAAUCCUGCUCAGAGGAGGACCUCUUCUACGACGCUCCCACCUCUCCCAUAGACGACAAGCCCAUGUUCGAGUUCCCGAGCGGCGCAGUCCAGCGUUCAGACUCCACGAAGAGGAGGGGGAUGGUGAAGAAGGACCCAAAGAAGAACAUGACCGACUUCCUCCUGACCUUUGAGAUCAGCCAGGUGUUGGUCCAGCUGUGCAGGGUAUCGGAGGGGCGUGAGAUCACCGUCCUGCACCUGGAGAUCGAGGGGCUUGGGACGAGACUGAAGCUCUGCACCUUCGACAUGUCCUCCAACACAUUCCUGAAGGAAAUCUGCCUCAAAUGCCCCGAGUACAUGGAUGGAGAGGAAAAGCCGGUUCACCUCAUCACCACUCUGGACAACACUGAGGUUGACCUUCUGACUCUGGAGUACACCAAGGCAGACAAGAACGCUCCAGAAUUCAAGACAUUUUACAAAAACACUGAGCAGCUUAUAAAGGUGAAUUUCUCCUCUCUGGAUAUACACCUGCACGUGGAGGCUCUGCUCAACGCCAUGAAUUUCCUCAGCAACCUGAUGCCUCCUCCAAAGAAGGAGGCCCAGGAGGGCCUGGAGGAGCUGCCCGCCAUCCCGGAGGAGGAGGAGGAGGAGGAGAAGAAGGAGGAGACCACCAUCACCAAGAAAAUCACACCAAAGAAGUCCAAGUUUGAGGAUGUGGUGAAUUUGCACAUCAGAGCAGAUCUGUCCUGUUUGAAGGUGUUUAUCCGUGGCCAGAAGGCACAGAUCUCUGAGAUCAGCAUCGAGGGCCUUGUGGCUGGAGUUCAGAUGAAGAAGAAGGCGUUGGAGGUCUCAGCCAACCUGAAGAACAUUGUCAUUCUGGAUUGUGACAAAGACGCCCUGUAUAAGAAGGCGGUGUCCAUCGCGGGGAAGGAGGUGUUUGACUUCCGCAUGAUUAACCACGUCGAUGCCACCGAGGGCGACGCCUACACGGACAUGAGCCGGGUGGACACCAGCGUGACCCUGACCGUGGGCUGCAUCCAGGUCAUUUUCCUCAACAAGUUCAUGUCCACCAUCCUGGCCUUCAUUAAUAACUUCCAGAUGGCGAAGGACGCGGUGGCGGAGGCCACGGCCCAGGCGGCAGAGAAGGCGGCCACCGGCGUGAUGGAGCUGGCCGAGCGCUCCACCCGCAUCUCGCUGGACAUCGACGUCAAGGCGCCCGUGGUCUUCCUGCCGCAGUCGUCCGUCUCCCGCAACGUCAUCGUGGCCGACUUCGGCCUGGUCACCGUGCAGAACCACUUCUACAUGGUGCAGUCCAAGACGCACACCAAGAUCCCCCCCGUUAUCGACGUCAUGAAGGUCGGCCUCAGCGACCUGAAGAUGUACAGGACCACCUUUGAGGAGGGGCUUUUUCGGACUGAGAUACAGCUUCUCAAGCCGGUCAGCCUGGACCUGUCAAUCAAACGGAACCUUUCUGCAUCCUGGUACCACAGCAUCCCUGACAUCGAAAUCACCGCCCAUCUCAAACCCAUGAGUAUGGUUCUCAGUCAGGAGGACAUGACAGUGGCGUUGAAGACUCUGAGUGAGAACCUGAGUGAGACGUCGGAUGCCGUUCCUCCUCCUCCUUCUCCUCCGGAUAAAACCGACGCCUUGUCCACCAAGGACUCGCAGACAUCCCACCCUGGAGCAAACACAGUGAUAACGUCUGCCGUUGUUGAGCCGCAUAAGAGCUUGAAGUUGAAGACCACGCUGAAACUGGACUUCAAGUUCGACUCCAUGACCCUGGUGCUGUACAGUCCGAACGAGUUACAGUUUCUGGACUCUCGUGCGGAAGAUCUGAAGUUGGCCGAGUUUCGGCUGGGCACGAUCUCCACGGCUGUGCAGAUGUACUCUGACAGCUCCAUGAAGGCGUCCGUCAAACUGGCCAACUGCAUCCUGGACGACAAGCGGCAGAGGAUCAAAAUGAUCACCUCCAGGAUGCUGGAGAAGAAACCAGGCGUGGAGCGUAGCGUGAUGGUGGAGGUGAACUAUAAGCAGGGCCGGGAGGGCACGGUUCUGGACACGCAGGUGCAGGACAUUUACCUGUGCGCCAGCAUGGAGUUCCUGCACACCGUGGCAGACAUCUUCAUCAAAGCCAGCCAACAGGGCUUCUCUACCCCACCCAAAAACAUCAAACCCACCUCUUCCUCCUCCAAGGAGACGGCAGUGCCAGCACCCCCUGUCGUGGCUAAGUCAGAGAUAAACGUGGUGGUGAAGAACCCGGAGAUCGUGUUUGUGGCGGACCUGACCCGUGCCGACGCCCCGGCCCUCGUCAUGACGACGCAGUGUGAGCUGGUUAUACGGAGCAACCCGGAGGGCCAGACCAUGACGGCGACCGUUCGGGACCUGAAGGUGGUGGCCUGCCCGUUCCUGCGCGACAAGCAGAGGAACACGGUCACCACCGUGCUGCUGCCCUGCCAGGUGUUCUUCCAGAGCACCCAGACCCCCUCCGGCCCACAGACCCUGGAGCUCAGCAUCAACUCCCUCACCCUCAAGGUGUCCCCCAUCAUCAUAAACACGGUGAUCACCAUCCAGUCGGCACUGACCCCGGCGGCUGAGGUGGCCGAGGAGCUGGCCAGCCCCGUCCCCCCGAACCUGUGGAACAGGAAGAGCUGGCAGGAGCUGAAGCUGUGGUUCCUGGAGGAGGAGAGCGAGGAGGACUCCCUGAGUCUGGCCCCGCUGGAGCCCCUGGGAGAGUCGCUGCGGCUGGACAUCAGCUCCAUCUGCCUGACCCUGGAGGCCGGCGUGGGCCACCGCACGGUCCCCAUGCUCCUCGCCAAGUCCUCCUUCCACGGGGACGUCAAGGACUGGAGCACGCUCAUCAACCUGGAGAGCAAGCUCAACAUGGAGGUGCUGUAUUAUAAUGAGGAGUUGGGGGUGUGGGAGCCCCUGCUGGAGCCUCUGGAGGACGAUAAGAAAGACGGAUUCCGGCCGUGGACCCUGGGUCUCACUAUGAAAAAGAAACCGUUGAAAAGCACGGAUUUGUCGGAUGAAGUGGAUUACAACGUCCCCGACUACAAGACCGUGAUCUGCAUCAGCUCCGUGGACCAGCUCAACAUCACCCUGUCCAAGUGCGGACUGGGCAUGCUCAGCAACCUAGGCACGGCCUUUGCGGAGGCUGCGAGUCAGACAGCAGAUCACUUCCAGAAGGACCAGGCCCCGCUGGUCAUAAAGAACCGCCUGGGCCUGGCAGUGUCUGUGCUGCACAGCGAGACCUUCAGCCCCAUCGGCACUACAGCCUCCGGCCAGCAGGUGGAGCUGCAGGACGGCGAAAGCCUCAACAUGGACUACACCUCCACCGCCACCGGCAGUGACCAGUUCUCUGCCAUGACCAGCCUGAGCAGCAAGGACUAUUUCAUACAACCCACUCCAGUGGGCCACACUAUGGCCGGCGUCAUCCCCCUGAUUAAGGUGGGCCGGAACAUGCUCAGCGUGGUGCACAAGGACUCGGGCGUCACCCGCUACCUGGUGUGCCAGAUCUACUCUGUGGAGGGGAGCAAGUUCGUCAAGAUCCGCUCGCCCUUCCAGAUCAUAAAUUACUUCUCCAUCCCGUUCCGGGUGUUUGAGGGAUCCACACUGCUGGGCCUGGCGCAGCCCAAGGAGGAGUUCUGCGUCCCCCUGGGCUUCUACAGGUCCAUGCUCAGCCUCCAGCCUGUGACAGAGACGGAGACUGAGGAAGAGUUUGAGGUGUCGGAGGGGUUCUGCUACGAGGACAUGGGCAAUCACGUCGGACUGUGCGUACAGCAGAGCUGCCGUCGCGCCAGCGACCCCGACUGCGUGAUGAUGGUCAACAUGGUCCCGCACAAAGACCUCCUCACCUGCCACGAGUCCCACGAGGCCCACGGCGUCGAGGAGGCCUUCGACGUGCCCUACAUCCUCCACCUGUGGCCCACGGUCCUGCUCCGGAACCUUCUGCCCUACCCUCUCACCUUCUGCCUGGAGGAGAACGGAGAGCACGCCUCCAGCACCCUGCAGGAGGGCCACUCCGCGCAGCUGCACGCCGCCGUCAUGGACAGGUCUCGGCUGCAGCUGCGGCUCCUGGACUACCUGAGCCAGGACUGGCAGGGCGAGUACGCCCUGCGGACGGCCCAGGAGGAGAUCGCCUUCACCGCCUUCCGCUCGCUGGCCCCGGACAGCGCCCAGCUGAGCCCGGAGGGCGCCGAGCUGGACAUCGCCGUGCACGUGACCUACGACCCCGGGCAGACGGUGGUGGCCGUGCACUCGCCCUAUUGGAUGGUGAACAAGACGGACCGCCUGCUGCAGUACAAGGCCGACGACAUCCACAGGAAGCACCCGCGGGACUACGACAGGCCCCUGCUCUUCUCCUUCAAGCCCCGCAACUUCCUGCAGAACAACAAGGUGCGACUCAUGGUGUCGGACAGCGAGCUUUCGGACGAGUUCUCCCUGGACACUGUGGGUAGCCAUGGAGACGUGAAAUGCAAAGGCCGCAGCAAAGAUUACUUGGUGGGGGUAAAGAUUGAUGCCAGCAGUUUCAGCCUGACACGCAUUGUGUCCUUCGUGCCGUUCUACCUGCUGGUGAACAAAACCAAGUACACCAUCAGUGUGAGCGAGGAACAGGAGGACGACUGGACCAAAGCCCCACCGGACCAGGUGGCAGUGCCGUUCUGGCCAGAGAAGGACAGUAAGAAAGUCAAGGUGAAGGUGGAGGGCUGCCACUCCACCCCCCACACCAUCAACUUCCACAAGCAGGAGAACUGCCUGCUGCUGCACCUGGACAACACGAUGGGCGGGAUUAUUGUGGACGUGAACCUGACGGAACAUUCCACCGUGAUCCGCUUCUCGGAAUACCACGAUGGCGCCGCCCCCUUCCUCAUUAUCAACCACACCAAGGAGCAGACCCUGGAGUUCUACCAGAGCUGCUCGGAUCAGCAAGACUCAAACUGGGUCGCCAACGAUCUCUUGGAUCUGUCCUUCUCCAAUGGAGAAGAAGGCAGCUUGUCCAGCACACAGAAGGAGAAGGACGAGCUGGCUCCGGGGAACGCAGUGCACUACACCUGGGCUGAGCCCACCGGCUCACGCACGCUCAAGUGGAAGUGCGGAAACCACACGGGGGAACUGCGCAGCGAACAGGACAUGCUGCUGGACGUUAACGAGGAGGGGAAGCUGUUCCUCAUCUCCUUCUACGAGGGUCUCCAGCGGGUGGCGCUGUUCACGGAGGACAAGCGUAUCUACAAGCUGCUGUGCGAGAGCGAGAAGGCUGAGCUGGCCGAACAGGAAGUGGUCCUGUCCCUGAGGAACGUGGGCGUCUCUCUGGUCAACAACACCACCAGCCAGGAAGUGUCAUUCAUUGGCAUCACUAGCUCCGAUGUGGUGUGGGAGUCGCAACCCAAGAAGAAGGCUCGCUGGAAGCCCAUGAGCAAUAAAGACGCGGCUCAGCUGGAGAGUCUCUUCGUGGUGUACAACCAGAGCAGCCCCGUGGACCACCAGAUCCUGCAACUGGCUAACGGCAUGCAGGUGUCUCUGACCCCCACUGGUACGGAUAUGAGGGUCCUGCAUCCGUACGAUUCGCCGCUCAGGAGGAACUUCCUGCCCGGAGUGAAGGUGGAGUACAGCGUCUCGGCUCGGCAGAAGGCUUACCGAGUUCAGAUCAACCGCAUCCAGAUCCAGAAUCAGCUGCCUGGAGCCAUCUUCCCCUACGUAUUCUACCCCAUCAAGCCUCCCAAGUCUGUCACCAUGGACUCAGAACCCAAACCCCUGACUGAUGUCAGCAUCGUCACCAGAUCUGCCGGCCAUUCGGACAUUUCCCGUAUCAAGUAUUUCAAGGUUCUAAUUCAGGAGAUGGACCUGAAGCUGGAUCUGGGCUUUCUGUACGCCAUCCUGGACCUCUUCACCCAGGAGAACGCCGCCGCUGUUUCGUCCGAGCAGGAGGUGGAGCUGUUUGAGAAGGAUAUCGUGUACCUGAAAACGGAACUGAAUCACGCCUCUGCCACAGACACAAGUCCAAUCAGUCUCUAUGAGUACUUCCACAUCUCCCCCAUCAAACUGCACUUGAGCUUCUCCCUGAGUUCAGGGGGAGAUGACGGCAAUAAGGAGAAGAGGGAGACAGAGGUCAUACCGGUGCAGUCCCUCAACCUGCUGCUGAAGAGCAUCGGCGCUACGCUAACCGACGUGCAGGACGUCGUCUUCAAGCUGGCAUUCUUUGAGCUGCAAUUCCAGUUCCGCACAACACAACAGCUCCAAUCUGAGGUCAUCCGACACUACUCUAAACAGGCCAUAAAGCAGAUGUACGUUCUGGUUCUGGGGCUGGAUGUUUUGGGGAACCCCUUCGGCCUGAUCCGGGGGCUCUCUGAGGGGGUGGAGGCUUUCUUCUACGAACCGUACCAGGGUGCUAUCCAAGGUCCGGAGGAGUUUGUGGAGGGCAUGGCUCUGGGAGUGAAGGCGCUGGUGGGCGGGGCUGUGGGGGGCAUCGCCGGGGCCGCCUCCAGGAUCACGGGCGCCAUGGCGAAGGGAGUGGCUGCCAUGACGAUGGAUGAGGAAUACCAGCAGAAGCGGCGGGAGGCCAUGAACAAGCAGCCGAGCGGGCUGAGGGAGGGCCUGACCCGCGGCGGCAAGGGGCUGGUCUCCGGUUUUGUCAGCGGAAUCACAGGAAUCGUCACAAAGCCCAUUAAAGGAGCACAGAAGGAGGGUGCAGCAGGGUUCUUUAAGGGGAUGGGGAAGGGCCUGGUGGGGGCAGUGACACGCCCCACGGGGGGCAUCAUCGACAUGGCCAGCAGCACCUUCCAGGGGAUCAAAAGGGCAGCGGAGACGUCCCAGGACGUGGAGAGCCUGCGACCGCCCCGGUUCUUCCACGAGGACGGCGUCAUACGCCCGUAUAAGGAGAGGGAGGGCGUCGGCAGCCAGAUUUUACAGAAAAUUGAAAAUGGAAGAUUUGCCAAAUUUAGAUACUUCGCUCAUGCCAAGGUGAACGAAACGGAUUUCCUGAUGAUCACUAAAAGCUGUAUAUUCUUUGUGACGAAAGGGACAUUUGGGCAACUGACCUGCGAGUGGCAGUACUGCUUUGAUGAGUUCACCAAAGAACCAAUCAUUGUUGAGGAUAGGAGACUGCGGAUUGAAGCCAAGGAGAGAGUCAAGUCAGUGUUCCAUGCCAAAGAGUUUGGGAAGAUCAUUAACUUCAAAACUCCUGAAAUAGCCAAGUGGGUUCUGGCCAAGCUGGAAGAUGCAAGAGAGAGUCUGCCGAAAUGCUGACCAAUGACUUGAUUCCAUCCAUGUCCCAUGACUUAACACAACUACACAACCCAUUAUGACCCAACAGGACCCAACCAAAAUGGCCCGACACAGCCCAGUACAACCCAGUACUGCAAAACACAGCCUAGUGAGAUCCAGCACAAGCAAAUAUGAGUCAAGACAAGUUGGUAGAACCCAGUACAUCCAAGGGCGACCCAGCAAUCUUACCACAAACUAUUAAGACCCAAUAAGACCCAACACAGCAUAUUCUGGUCCAAUAUGUGUCAGCAUGACCCAGAAUGGCCUACCCAACCCAAUAUAAUCACAUUACACUAAAUACAACAUUUGACUAAAUACAACUCGGCAUAGAUUGCACCAACAAGAUCUCACAUUAUGCAAUCUAACGUGGUCUAAUACAACCCAGCACACACUAAUAUGACCGUUUUGUCUACCUUGAACCAACAUAUCCAAAAAAGGUGCAAUACAGCCAGUGUCCUGGAGAUGGCGCUACAGAUCCGUAUCCACCACGUUCUCUCUCAGUGCCUUUAGUUCUCUAAUGCAUGGAAGCAGAACUGUUGUGCUUUAGCAGUCUUCAGAUGAUUGGUUUGUACAAGUAUGUUUGCUGUCCAAUAGGAGGAUCUCCUGUGCCUCAAGUUUAUAUUUUUAUUUUUGAGUCCUAUCCUUGUUUUGUUUUGGCUUGUUUUGUGAAGUGGCUGGUGUUUCUUGGGCUGAUUGAGAACAGAGGGGUAAGUGACAGUUGCCCCCCUUUUGCAUGGUUUAACCAAGACCACGAUCCUUUGCAUAGACAGGACUGUUACACUUUCAGAGACUUAAGUCAAGUGCCAUGGCCCCGCCUGUACAUGUGAAAGUGCCACGCCCGUUCCCCUCUUCCUUCAUCUGUCCAUAGUUGUGUUUUUCUACAGAAGAGUUUGUACUGCCAGUUGUCUCAUAACUUUCUGCACACACACAGCUCUGUUUCCACCCUCCAGUGUCAUGGCCCAACACUCAGAAAGCAGUUGAUGACCUUGAAUAGCUGCUACAGAUGACCUUGAACAGUCGCUACUGACUGGGCAGAUUCAGUUUCACAAGCAGAACGCCACAGUCACUGGAUGCUGUAAAAUUGCUGUAAAAUUAACAUCGUGCCCACAUAGAGGCAAAUGUGGCAAGUGUUCAAUGUAGUUCAGCUUUUUGUCUUCGCCUCAUGAGUUUGGACUGUCGUAACUGAGCCCAGAAAGUGUGGUGCUCACCUCCGGCUGUGUGUGAUCUGUAGGGGGAAACACGAUAACCCACUGAAAGCAGAGUAAAGGUGAAGUUGACUGACCGAUCCAGUGGGUUAUGGCUCCCAGCUCGGACUGCUUUUGAGCGAUAGUGGGGGCCGUUGAGCUAUAGUGGGGAACCAUUGAGUUAUAGUGGGAGCUAUUGAGCGAUAGUGGUAGCUAUUUAGUUAUAAUGGGAGCUAUCGCAUUGAGCGAUAGUGGGAGCUAUUGAGCUAUAAUGGCACUAUUGCGUUAUUAUUAGAGCCAUUGUGCGAUAGUGAGAGCUAUUGAGCUAUAAUGGCACUAUUGCGUUAUUAUUAGAGCCAUUGUGCGAUAGUGAGAGCUAUUGAGCUAUAAUGGCACUAUUGCGUUAUUAUUAGGGCCAUUGAGCGAUAGUGAGAGCUAUUGAGUUAUAAUGAGAGCCAUUAAGCUAUAGUGAGAGCUAUUGAGCGAUAGUGGGAGCCAUCCCAACAUGUUUGUUUGUGGCUGUUUGUGGCGUGGUGACCGUGGUCAGUGUAGUGUUACCUGAACCCAAAAUCAGAGACACGGACGCCCCAUUCGAAAUGCACACCUGUCUCAACAGGAGUGGGAAUACACUGAUGCACACAAUCUCUCACACACGCACACGCUCACAUACAUGCAAAUCGCACAUGCUCUCACAACUCACGCAUACUGACAUGUUCACUGACACGUACUCACACACCCACGCACAAACCCUCAAACACAGAGAUACGCUCGCACACUCACGUCCACGCAUUAUGCGCUCCUGCAUGCAAAGUCUGUAAGUUCCUGGUGUCUAAUCCGCAGAAGCAUGUUAUUUUUAUAUUGUGUAGAACUUCAGACUACCAUACUGGGUUAACCGAAUCCUCUGUGUGCUUUUACAAAACUCUAUAUGUACAUAAAUGUUCACGGCAGAACACUGCGGCACUGCGUAACACUGAAGUGGCUGGUGUGGUUCUGCACGGAGCGGGUGGCGUCCACCGGAGCGGCGCUGUGUAAAGGCUCAGCGACGGUCAGCGAGGAAGAGGACGGUGACGUCCCGAACCCACGCAGGAUUCACCAGCUGCCAGCGAUCAGCCACGGGAAUCUCCUGUUCCAUAUGUAGAUUUAAAUGAAAUGAUUUAAAUGAAAGCGCUAGGAGCCGAAUGAUAUAUUGCCUUACACGGUGACGCUCAGACGAAUUGUACUGUCAGCUGGUGGAAAGGAAAAUAUGGUGAUGCUUAAAUUAUUAUUCCACAAUCACAAUUUUUACAAUAAAAAAAAGAAAGUA